AGAGACUACCCCUGAAGGACAGGCAUUCCACUUGCAGCAAAAUAAUAGGAAGGAGGAUCGCUUGCUUUGCGCAGAGGCUGAGCCACAGGAGAAAGCAAAGCCAAUGUGAUUUAUUGAAUGAAAGCGCUGGACAAUUACCAACAACUUGUUCCCCUGCUGCCUCGAGCAACCUAAAUUGGAAUUUCCGGGUGAAAAUGACGCAACAGAUGCAGAAUUUACAUCUUUCUCAAUCAAAAAAACAUAGUGCUCCGUCCUCUCCCAAUGCUGCCAAACGCCUGUACAGGAACCUUUCUGAGAAGCUGAAGGGGAGUCACUCAUCAUUUGAUGAGGCUUAUUUCAGAACAAGGACUGACAGGCUGAGUCUCCGAAAGACCUCAGUGAACUUCCAGGGCAAUGAAGCUAUGUUUGAAGCAGUUGAACAGCAAGACAUGGAUGCUGUGCAAAUCCUUCUAUAUCAAUAUACACCAGAAGAAUUAGAUCUCAACACACCAAACAGUGAGGGACUGACGCCCCUGGACAUUGCCAUCAUGACCAACAAUGUACCCAUUGCUAGGAUUCUCCUGAGAACGGGGGCUCGAGAGAGUCCACACUUUGUCAGCCUGGAGAGUCGAGCAAUGCACCUCAACACUCUGGUGCAGGAAGCCCAGGAGCGGGUGAGUGAACUCUCUGCUCAGGUGGAGAAUGAAGGAUUCAGUCUGGACAACACAGAGAAAGAGAAACAGCUGAGAGCUUGGGAAUGGAGGUAUCGGCUCUACAGACGUAUGAAAACGGGCUUCGAACAUGCCAGAGCCCCCGAGGUGCCAACCAAUGCCUGUCUCAUGGUAACCAGCAGCACGGCGCUCACUGUCAGCUUUCAAGAGCCUCUUAGUGUCAACGCAGCUGUAGUAACCAGAUAUAAAGUGGAAUGGAGCAUGUCUAAAAACUUUUGUCCUUUGGCUGGAGAGAUUAUCAUGGAAAACCUGCAGUCACUGAGAUGCACAAUCACUGGACUUACCAGGGGUCAACAGUAUUUUGUUCAAGUCUCGGCUUAUAACAUGAAAGGAUGGGGACCUGCUCAGACCACAACACCAGCCUGUGCUUCUCCUUCCAACUGGAAAGACUAUGAUGACAGAGAGCCUAGACACAAGGGACAGAAUGAAGUCUUGGAAGGUCUGCUGCAGCAGGUCCGAGCCCUUCAUCAGCAUUAUAGUUGUCGGGAAAGUUCAAAAUUACAAACCACCGGUCGCAAGCAGUCAGUCUCAAGGAGCCUGAAACACCUAUUCCAUUCCUCAAACAAGUUUGUUAAGACCUUAAAACGGGGGCUCUACAUAGCCAUUAUAUUUUAUUACAAAGACAAUAUGCUAGUCACCAAUGAAGAUCAAAUACCAAUUGUUGAAAUAGAUGACUCUCACACCAGUUCCAUAACACAAGAUUUUCUGUGGUUCACAAAGCUGUCUUGUAUGUGGGAAGAUAUAAGGUGGUUGAGGCAAAGUGUACCCAUCUCCAUGUCCUCGUCCACAGUCCUCCAAACUCGGCAGAAGAUGCUCGCAGCAACAGCCCAGCUACAGAAUUUACUUGGAACACACAACUUGGGAAGAGUUUACUAUGAACCCAUUAAGGACCGGCAUGGAAACAUCCUCAUAGUUACCAUCAGAGAGGUAGAGAUGCUCUAUUCAUUUUUUAAUGGCAAGUGGAUGCAGAUUUCAAAACUGCAAAGCCAAAGAAAGUCUCUGUCAACCCCAGAGGAGCCUACAGCUUUAGACAUUUUACUGAUAACCAUCCAGGAUAUUCUCUCCUAUCACAAAAGGAGUCAUCAGCGUCUCCCUCCUGGACUAUAUCUGGGUUACUUAAAGCUCUGUAGCUCUGUGGAUCAGAUCAAAGUUCUUGUUACCCAGAAGUUGCCCAACAUUCUCUGCCAUGUAAAGAUUCGUGAAAACUUUAACAUUUCCAAAGAAGAGUGGGAAUGGAUCCAAAAGCUUUCUGGCUCCGAAUCUAUGGAAAGUGUGGAUCAUACUUCUGACUGCCCCAUGCAAUUGUUCUUCUACGAGCUCCAGAUGGCAGUGAAAGCUCUCCUUAAGCUGAUCAAUAUACCUCUACACCAGGCAAGGAACUUCCGUCUCUACACACAGGAGGUGUUGGAAAUGGGUCACAAUGUGUCCUUUCUUCUCCUGCUCCCUGCCUCAGACGACGUCUGUACAGCCCCAGGACAGAAUAAUCCUUACACCCCACACUCAGGGUUUCUUAACCUCCCUCUUCAGAUGUUUGAACUUGUUCAUUUUUGCAGCUACAGGGAGAAAUUUAUUAGUCUGUAUUGCCGCCUUUCUGCUGUUAUGGAGCUGGAUUCUCUGAAUACUCAACAGUCCCUGAGGGAAGCAAUCUCAGACAGCGAGGUUGCAGCUGCCAAACAAAGACACCAGCAAGUUUUGGACUUCAGUCAGCAAAUAGACGAAGUUUGGCGUGAAAUGAGAUGGAUCAUGGAUGCUCUACAGUAUGCAAGAUACAAGCAACCAAUUUCUGGCUUAUCCAUCUCUAAGCUGAUUGACCCUUCAGAUGAGCAAAACCUAAAGAAGAUCAGUUCUACAUCAUCACAUAUAGACUGUCUUCCAUCGCCGUCCCCAUCCCCAGAGAUGCAUAGAAGAAAGGCAGUGAGUGAUUCGCAGCCCGGCUCGGAUGAGGAAGGCUGCUCCGAAGUCUUCCUUCCCACCGACAGCGACUACGACUCCAGCGACGCGCUGAGCCCCCGCGACCUGGACCUGCUCUACCUGUCGUCGCAGGACAUCGCGCAGCAGGCACGGAGCGGCCUCAGCGGCAGCGCCCCCGACGUGCUGCAGGUGCACGACAUGAAGCCGCCGUUGUCGCCGUCGCCGUCGGGGCCGCCGGGCCAGGAGCGUCAGGCCCGGGUGCAGGGGCUGGAGCCCGACCCCUCCUGCGCCGAGUUCCUCCACGGCCUGACGCUCAGCGGCGGCGGCGGCGGCGGCUUCCCGCCCAAGAACCACGUCCAGGCGGCGCCGGGCGCGCGGCCGCCCCUGGGCUUCCUGGGGAAGCGGAAGCCCCCGACCAAGCACCACCAGCACUACGGGGGCUUCAGCCGCCACCACCGCUGGCUGCGCAUGCACAGCGAGACGCAGUCGCUCUCGCUCUCCGAGGGCGUCUACACGCAGCAUCUCUCCAGCGCCCGCGGCCUGGCCCCAGGCGGCGGCGCCGGACACCUGGAGCGUGGGGGGCCUUCUCCAGAUGGGCCCCGGGGUCUGCCUCUGGCCCACUCCACGAGCCUCCCGGAGGAGCGGAGGAGCCACCUGCGGGACCCGAGGCCCUCGGUGCACCGGAUCUACGUGGAGCCCUACUCCGAGGAGAUGGAGGACACCAAGGCCUGGGUGGGCUUGAGCCCAGCCCCUGCGGGCCGCACUGGCCUGCCCAGCCCCACCAGCUCCGAGAGGAGCCCUGAUGGCUCCACCACUCCCGUGUCAGACAUCCUCAGCAGCAUGCUCUAGGGCGGCUCUCAGCCCUGGUCCACCUCUGUUCCACUUCAAAGCCUGAAUUUUCUCGUAUCUUUGCCCCUGCCUGCCCGCUCUCUCCUACUGUAUUCCCAUGCAUUUCCCAGCGGCUUGAAUGUUAAAGUUGCAAGUGACAGGUUGUAGGCCCUCUU